AUGACGGUUCCGUUAUCGGCGCUCUUGUGCCUGUUCUGUGCCUUCAGACCCGCUCGAGGUUACUAUGGCAACCCCUUGAACAAGUACAUCCGUCACUACGAGGGUCUGUGGUAUGACACGGAUCCGGUGCAUAGCAGUCAUCAGAGAGCCAAGAGGGCGCUGUCGCAUCACGAGCAGUUCCUGCACCUGGAGUUCCACGCGCACGGCAGACAUUUCAACCUGCGCAUGAAGAGAGACACGCGGUUGUUUUCUGAUGAUUUUAAACUGGAGAUGUCUGGAGAGGAGAUCAACUAUGACACCUCACACAUCUACACUGGAGAAAUAUACGGUGAACAGGGCACUCUGACUCAUGGAUCCAUCGUGGACGGGAAGUUCGAGGGCUUCAUUCAGUCUCAUCGUGGGACGUAUUACGUGGAACCGGCCGAGAGAUACCUGGAGGAUAAAAAUGUCCCAUUCCACUCCGUCAUCUACCACGAGGAUGACAUAAGUUAUCCGCAUAAAUAUGGUCCUGAAGGCGGCUGUGCAGAUUCAUCUGUGUUUGAGAGAAUGAAGAAAUAUCAGUCGUCAGCGCUGGAGGAGCCGCAGAAGGAGGUGAAUGUGGAGCAGAAGUCUGCAGAUGAUCUUGUUCUCCUGAGGAAGAAGAGGAUGACACAGGUGGAGAAGAACACGUGUCAACUCUUCAUCCAGACCGAUCAUCUGUUCUACAAAUACUACAAGACCAGAGAGGCCGUCAUCGCUCAGAUCUCCAGUCAUGUGAAAGCCAUUGAUGCCAUAUACCAGGGCACAGAUUUCAUGGGCAUCCGUAACAUCAGCUUCAUGGUGAAGAGGAUACGGAUUAACACCACCAGUGAUGAGCGAGAUCGCUCGAACCCGUUCCGCUUCGCCAACAUCGGUGUGGAGAAGUUUCUGGAACUGAACUCUGAGCAGAAUCAUGACGAUUACUGUCUGGCGUACGUCUUCACCGAUAGAGACUUUGAUGACGGUGUGUUGGGUCUGGCCUGGGUCGGCGCGCCCGCGGGGAGUUCUGGUGGAAUCUGUGAGAAGAGUAAAUUAUAUUCUGAUGGGAAGAAGAAAUCUCUGAACACUGGAAUCAUCACCGUUCAGAAUUACGCUUCACACGUGCCUCCUAAAGUCUCACACAUCACCUUCGCUCAUGAGGUCGGACACAACUUUGGAUCUCCGCAUGAUUCGGGGUCAGAGUGCACGCCGGGCGAGUCUAAAAGCCAGGACAAGAAGGAGAGAGGAAAUUACAUCAUGUAUGCUCGAGCAACAUCAGGAGACAAACUGAACAAUAACAAGUUCUCCGUGUGCAGCAUCAAGAACAUCAGUCAGGUGCUGGAGAAGAAGAGAGGGAGCUGUUUUGUGGAGUCCGGUCAGCCCAUCUGUGGGAACGGUCUCGUGGAGCCGGGUGAAGAGUGUGACUGCGGUUACAGCGAUCAGUGUAAAGACGAGUGCUGCUACGACGCUAAUCAACCAGAUAACAGGAAAUGCAAACUCAAACCAAACAAAGUGUGCAGUCCGAGUCAGGGUCCCUGCUGCACUCAUGAAUGCAUCUACAAGACUCGUAACGACAAAUGUCGCGAGGAGUCGGAGUGCGCUCAUCAGGGCAUGUGUAACGGAGCGUCCGCUCAGUGCCCGACCUCUGAACCCAAAGCCAACUUCACCGCCUGCCACGGAGACACGCAAGUCUGCCUCAACGGGGGCUGCUCGGGCUCGAUCUGUGAGAAGUACGGUCUGGAGGUUUGCACCUGUGCCAGUGUGGACGGCAAAGACGAGACUGAGCUCUGUCACGUGUGCUGCAUGGAGAAGAUGAACCCGAGCACCUGCAGCAGCACCGGCUCCGAGCGUCUCACACGAUUCUUCAACAAGAAGGUGACGACUCUGCAAGCCGGCUCACCCUGUAAUGACUUCAAGGGGUACUGUGACGUGUUCAUGAAGUGUCGUCUGGUGGACGCUGACGGUCCUCUCGCCCGACUCAAGAAAGCCAUCUUCAACCCAGAGCUCUACGAGAACAUCGCUGAGUGGAUAGUGGCUCAUUGGUGGGCAGUGUUACUCAUGGGAAUCGCUCUGAUCAUGCUCAUGGCUGGAUUCAUUAAGAUCUGCAGUGUUCACACACCGAGCAGCAACCCAAAACUGCCCCCUCCAAAACCACUGCCAGGUACUCUGAAGAGGCGACGAGCUCAACAAGCCAAUCAGCAGCAACUUCAUCAACAUCACAACCAGAACCAGCACCCUCACGGACACCAGAACCAACGGCAGGCUCCACGCCAGGCCCAGCGCCAACCGCAGCCUCAACGCCACCAUCGACAGCCCCGAGAGAACUACCAGAUGGGCCAGAUGAGACGCUGAGUUCCACAAAUACCCACAGUGCCUGUCAUGAGCGGUACAGCAGACACCCCAGAGUCUCUGGUCCACUGACACACUGAACAAAACCACAUCCACUCAUCUGACGCUCUACAACUGUGUGCCGAGUGUUGACUCCACUAAAGUUCUAGAACAGCACCAACACUCAUAUUUCUGGCCUUUGGCCACGUUUACGCCUCUCAUCCACACUACAACAGCUUUGCCCACACUGAAAAUGCAGCGAGCACACUUUGGAAAGCGAAGAGUUUUCAGUGGAUUAUGGUGCGUUCACUUUAUGUUGGAAAUUCCGUAAUUAUAAGAUUACAACUGGUAGAAAGUGUUCACCUCUUCGAAGAACUCGUAAUAAAAGAACUCGUUGUAAAAAAACAACAUGACGUUGAUGCACGAUUAGUUGUCUAAAGUUCUAGAACUGUGCAUCAGCACUCAAGCCACGACCACAAUAAUCCGUUUUAAGUUUCCUAACGUCAUCAAUUUCCAAAGUAAGCAGUAAUGGAGAGUGCUGUUUUCGGUGGAGGACAAAAGACGUUUUAGUGUGGGCACGAGGCUUAAACAGUGUAAGUUAUGUUUUUUACAAACGAAAAUGGAUGAGUGUGGACGUGCCCUCAGGUGAUUGUCCAGACCUGCAGAAUAUUCACGGUUCUAGAUCUCUGAUUGGGUGUAGAUUUUGUUCAGUCUGAUGGUGGAGCAAUGGGGCUUUACUCCAAAGAAUCAAACCGGGUCGGCCGGCGCCGUCCACCACCACUCUACAGUCCAGCAGAUCCGUUGUGAUUCUAUGUCACACUACAUCAGAGUCCUUUUCUAAAGCUUUCAUGAAGAAUCCGGCACUAAACUGGAGCGGUUUACAGGAAUCCGUCAUAUAAUGCUUCCACCUGCCAGAACCUGAUCCAGUCACGUGGAGUUCCUCUCUUUGGAGUAAACAUGAACAACUUCUCCAUCGUUUGAUCAUGUUUCUCAGCUUGCUUUGGGAAACACGGAACAGAUACUUUAGUUUGUUUACCCCUCCUUGACGGAGUACUUGAGAGGUUUACUGGGGUAUUUGUAGAUAGAGCGCCUCCUGUAGUUCUCAGAGUUGUUUUUCUUUUAAAACUCUUUAGAUCCAGUGAGACUCUUAGUUUGAAUCUCUGGAGCUUUGGACGGGUGUCGCCACAUCAUCGGAAAAGGACUUUUAUUUUGUAAGAGCAGAAGUACGAGCCUUCCCUUUUCCGUAGUGCAGAAUCGCCACAUCUGUACAGAGAAACCAUAUUAGUUGUAUUAUAUGUGAGAACAAAUUAUUUCUUCUACUGUCAAUAAGAGAUUUACAGUUGCAGUUUUGUUGAAACACUCAGGACUCAAAAACACAAAUGAAGGGUAUCGAUCAGUGCGCAAAAUGAAACAGAUCACGCGUGAGCCACCGGAUUGAUUUAACCGUUUACAUACUUCAUUCCGUGCGUAUUUGUUCAUUAAUGCGUUUACCUUGUUUUUUUUUUAUUUAUAUAAACACUCUAAUCUCGGCUUGACUUGCUCACCGCAUGGAAGCGUCAAACAUCGUCUAAAAACAGCCUUCUUGUUCACACCUCACAGUGUCUCACAUUCACUGCACUUCCUGUAAACACCCUGAAUGAGGGAACGCAUCAGAGGAAUGUGCAUGACACAGAAACUCAUUUGAAAUGUAAUUGUUUUUAUCAGUCAGAUCGUGAUGUUGAAGGGUACUAAGAGGAAGACAGUGCUGAACCUGAAGAACUGUUUGUGUUCUUCAUCUGAAGAUGUUUUGCUUAAUCCUGACCGCACACAACACACUAAAGUGACCAGUGCGUGAAUUCAGUUUUUGUUCUAUCUUGACUUCCUUUCAAAGCCAAAACUCAGAUUAUAAAAGGUGUUUUGUCUGAAUCUGAGUGUCAUUAUUUUGUAUUCCCUCACAAUACGUUUAUCGCAUGGGUUUACUGCAGUAACCACAUUUUAACCAUGAAAAUCGUAAUAAAAUCAAAGUAAUAAUGCAGGUAAAGCAAUGCUAAUAAAAGUCAUAAUCAUUCAUCCAAAUAACAUGGUUGCUACAGUUUUACUAUUGUAACACCAUGGUUCAUUUGUGGUACAAGUAUGGUUUUUAAAACCAUGUUUUCCACCAUAAAAAUAUUAGUAAUAAAUUCCUUAUGAAAAUUAAGUACAUAUACCACAAAUUAACCAUGAUGUUACUAUAGUAAAAUUAAGCAUUAAUCGUAUUACCAUAGUUAAAGGAAUAUUCCAGUUAAGCUCAAGCGACAGUAUUUAUAGCAUAAUAUUGAUCACCACACAAAUUAAUGUCGACUCGUUCCUCCUUUUCUUUAAAAAAGCACAAAUGUGUGUUCCAGUGAGACACUUACAAUGGAAGUCAAUGGGGUCAAUCUGUAAACAUUAAAAUACUCACUGUUUCAAAAGUAUAGACACAAGACAUAAACAAUAUGUGUGUUAACAUGAUUUUACUGUGAUGAAAUCACUUACUAACUGCAUCUGUGGAAAGUUAGAGCCAAUUUUACAACUUCGUUGCCAUGACGAUAUAACGCCCUAAACCCUAAAGCAACGAUUUAAACAACUUUACAGCUCAUAUAAUACAUGCGUUUUAACAGAAUGAAUGUAAGUGCUUUUAUACAAUUAUAAUCGUCACAUUUCUGCCUUUAAACCUCCAGAAAUUGACCCCAUUGACUUCCAUUGUAAGUGUCUCACUGGAACACAGAUUUGUGCUUUAAA